UAGUUACAGAUGCCUUCGUACGGUACCUAUGAUACGGAACCUUCUGUCUUUUGAAGACAAAAAGUUUCAUACUAAACCUUUGCUGCGGAACCUUUGUUCUCAGUUUUUCCUGUAAGGUUCUCUUCAGAACCUUCAUUUUACUUAACCAAAAAAGGAUCGUCCCGUGUAUCGGAGGGAAGACCCUUUUUCGGCUUGGUAAAACUCCUUUUUUUUACAGUGCAUUUUCAUUAGUAAUAUAUGAUUUUAAUAAAGAUAAUCGAUUAGAUAUACUUAUAACAAAUAAUGGUACAAAUAAUAUUGGAUUAUUUUUUGGUUACGAUCCUGGUGCUUUUCAAAAAUCUAUUCAAUAUUCAACUGAUUUUCGUCCAUUAUCAAUUGCUCUUGCUGAUCUUAAUAACGAUAAUUAUCUCGAUUUUGUUACUGCGAAUUAUGGUCCAAAUACAAUUGGCAUUUUUUAUGGAUUAUCUAAUGGAACAUUUAAUAAACAAAUAAUAUAUUCAACAGGUUUAUCAUCUGGUCCAAAUGCUGUUAAUUCUGAUGAUUUGGAUAAUGAUAAUUAUAUUGAUAUUGUUGUUGCUAAUUCAAUUCUUAAUAAUAUUGGAAUAUUUUUUAAUCAUGGUAAUGGAACAUUUAAUAAACAAAUAACAUUUUCAACUGGAUUUUAUUCUCGGCCAUAUUCAUUAGUUGUUAAUGAUUUAAAUAAUGAUGGGAUUUUAGGUAUAAUAACUGCUAAUCGUCAUAGUGAUACAAUUGAUAUUUUAAUUGGAUUUGGUGAUAGAUCAUUUGCAAAUGUUUUAACAUAUAAAACAGGAUCAUAUUAUACACCAUAUUCAAUUAAUAUUGGUAAUUUUAAUAAUCAUAAUCAAUCAGAUAUUGUUGUUGCAAAUCGUGAUGUUAAUAAAAUAAGUAUAUUUCUUGGAUUUGGUAAUGGAACAUUUGCCAAUUUAACAACAUAUUUAACAGGUUCUAUUCCAUGUUCAACUCCUAUUGAUUAUUUAAAUAAUGAUCAAUAUUUAGAUAUUGUUAUAAGUAAUUCAAAUUCAAAUAAUAUUAGCAUUGUUUUUGGUUAUAGUGAUGGAACAUUUACUAAACAAAUAACUUGUUCAACAGGUAUUAAUUCUAAUCCAUAUUGUUCUUAUAAAUGA